AAGGCUGCGGGUAGGAGGAAUGAGGACGCACGCGCAGUUCUGCGUCGGACUCCGUUCUCCGGAUUUUGGACCACCCUUGAUCUGGAGUUCUUAGCACAGUGCAUACAGCAGGUGCAUAAUGAGUACAUGUGGAUGAUUAAAAUGACUGAAUUGGAUUCAAUAGAGGAGUCUGGCACCUCAUUCCUCCAGGCUUCCAGCCCUGCAUCCCUGGACCUUGACUUUCUCCUAGAGGGAAACACAGUAGAAGAGAUGGCUUCUGUGUUGCUGACAGCCAGGCCCCAGGAAUCAGUGACAUUUAAGGAUGUGGCUGUAAACUUCACUCAAGAGGAGUGGCAACAACUGAACUCUGCUCAGAGGGCCCUGUAUAGAGAUGUAAUGUUGGAGAACUAUAGAAACCUCAUCUCACUGGGGUUCUCCAUUUCUAAACCUGAUGUGAUCUUCCAAUUGGAGCAAGGAGAAGAGCCAUGCAUGCUUGAUCUACAAAGAAUUGAAGAAAGAGAGGUCUCAAGAAAUACCUAUGUGGACAGCGAGAGUAAAACCAAGACCCAGGGGUCAACUCCAAAACAGGAUAUUUCUGAAGUAGAAUCAUCAGGGAUGUUAAUGGAAAGAUUCACAAGAGAAGUUACUGUACCAGAGGUUAGAUUGGAGAAGAAAAGAGAAAAUUCUGAAGGGAAGACAAGGAGAAAAUCUAUUUCCCACAAGAGAAAUCUCAAGAAAAUGCCAAUAAAUGAGCAAAAAAAUUCCAGUAAGGAGAGAGGCCCUGAAUGUAAUCUAUGUGGAAAAACUUUCAGACACAGAAGUAGCCUUCGGAGACAUCAGAUUACUCACACAGGAGAAAGACCUUAUGAAUGUAAUGAAUGUGGGAAAGCUUUCUUUGACUGUUCAUCCCUUACUAUACAUGAGAGAAUUCAUACUGGAGAGAAGCCCUAUGAAUGUGAUGAAUGUGGGAAAGCCUUCUUUAACUGCUCAAAUCUUACCAGACAUCAGAGAAUUCAUACUGGAGAGAGUCCCUACAAAUGUAAUGAAUGUGGGAAAGCCUUCAGACAUAGCAGUAGCCUUAGGAGACAUCAAAUGACUCACACAGGACAAAGACCCUAUGAAUGUAAUGAGUGUGGGAAGGCCUUCUUUGAUCGCUCAACUCUUAUCAUACAUGAGAGAAUUCAUACUGGAGAAAAACCCUAUGAAUGUGAUGAAUGCGGGAAGGCCUUCUUUGACAGAUCAUCCCUUACACAACAUCAGAAAAUUCAUAGUAAAGAGAAGCUCUAUGAAUGCAGCGAAUGUGGGAAAGCCUUCAACUUGAGAAGGCAUCUUAACCGACAUCAAAUAACUCAUACCGGAGAAAAACCUUAUGAAUGUAGUGUAUGUGGGAAAGUUUUCAGUCGCAAGUCGUCUGUUAUCCAGCAUCAACGACGUUAUGCCAAAGAAUAACCCUAGGAAUAUCAUGAAUUGAGGGAAAACUUCAGCCAGACUUAUCACUUUAUUAAAUGCUCAAGAGUCAAGGUGGGACAACAGACCCCCUUAAAAACUUUAUGUUGAUCUCCCCUAACCUAAAUAAACCCUUUGUUCAAGCCUAUUAACAUUUUUGUUUG